AUACGGCGACGCAGAAAGCCAGCAACACUGUGUGACUGACCGCCAUCGUGAUCGGCAGCAUGUCGACGCGACGCUCCACUCUUUUGUUACUGGUGGCGAUCCUAGCGGCGCAUUUCACAACCACCACGUCUAGAGCCGUGAACAUCUCCAACACUUGGUUCCUGCCACAAGAGGGAUUCCCCGUCUUCUAUCGCUACUUUCAUGAUCGCAUCACGUGGUUUGAGGCCGACGCUGUGUGCCAGUUCCAUCAUGGCAACCUAGUCACAGUUGAUUCAAGCAAGCAGUACGAUGCAACAAGGGCAUAUCUCAAGGAGCUAGACGUCGUGACCAACGUGUGGAUCGGUCUGAAAAAGAAGGGAGCAAAUGAUGAGUUCUUAUGGACUGACUACAAGACUUUAUCUCAAGAUGGCGGCUACUGGCAGGAGCAGAUUCCUAAGUCCGAGGCAGCUCUGUGUGCAGCCAUUGAUCCCGCGGCAGAUUUUCGAUGGCACAGCCUCAACUGCGGUGGUCCAGAAACCGCCUCCUUCAUCUGUGAACUUCCUGUCCCUCCAUGGGCAAGGAAACCGAACGGCUGCAUGCUGACAGCAUUGCCUUCACUGACGGUAACUUACCUGCCAGAACAAGCUGCUAUCGAAUUAACAUCUGACUGUGGAUUAGACGGAACUCGAAGAAUAGCAUGCAAGGGACAGGCCGAUCACAAUGAGUUGAUGCAUCGGCUAUCGUGCGAAAACGGGAAUGAGUCAACCCACGAUGCAGAGGAAUACGAGACGUCCGUGUUAGCAAGCAGUACCACUUCGGGUACCCCUAAUUAUAACAAUGAAGGUGGAACUGAAUCCCACCAACCACCGACAAGGCAUCGCCGAGGCACUGAUGACGUCAGUACCCUGGCCACGGAGACCAACAGUAGCAGUGGUUACGACGUCACUGCAAGUACAACGGAGAUCGACACUCCUGAAGAAAUAAAUAUUACAACUCGAGAAUUUACAGCUCCUGUAGUGAUAUCAACAGGAGACGGCUUAACUUUGACAAGAAACCACGAGCAACAGUUGUAUACCACCACAGACCCCAGCACAAAACCAGAAACAAAGGGAGUGUCUACAGAAUACUUUGUAACAAUUUUGCCAUACAACACAUCUGUUACUGAUAAAGGCGUGAUGACUGUGGACAAACCACACCGAGAUCAGAGCAUCCAGAAGACAGAGAUUACUGAAGACAUCUCAAGUACAUUGACUAUCAUACCCCCUACAGGCUUGUCAACUGCUCCUGAAACAUCAGCAUCAGGUACACUAAAUGAAAUUAAGGAAAUUACAAUUUCAUUUUCAGAGGACAACACCACAAAUAACACGGAAGAAAUUAAAAUCAAAGAAGAAAUCCUCGCUGAAACCGUUUCAGAAACAACUGGUACCAACACUCUAAGCAAUUCAAGCAGCGAUAAUACCAAUACAUCAUACAUCAAACCAAAUGGGAAGGAAAUCCCAUUGGUAACAAACCAGAAGACCGGAAAUGAUCAUCAGAUGACACAAAACUUCAAACAGGAGGACCAUCGCCGCCCGUUCUUACCGGAAUUUUUACAGGGUCUCCCACGUAACGUAGACAACCAGACAGAUGAAACUGGUACUAGAUCAACUAGUGACUGGGCUUCACCUAGCAACCAACAAGUCGAAGAGGAGGAUUUUCAGGCCACUGAAACUGAACCAGAAAUCCCAGCUCGACCCAACAGAGGAAGGAGGCUUAUCAGACCUCAAGGUCACUCAUUCUAUCCUUACUUUCUUAAUCGGGUACUGGGCUGAGUCACCAGCUUCACUCUCAAGCACGAUGUCUUGUAAAUGCUUCAAUAGCGAAAGGUUUCUGGUCAGUUGUUUGUACUUUGCUAUCGCUGUCAUUAAUACGGUUUGUAGAGGACUACAUAGUAAGAAACAUGGAGAUGUCAGUACAUUGCCCAUGACUUUGGUAGUAACAAUAGUUUGUUAGUGGAAAUAUUUUCCGGACCCUUUCAACGGUAGUCACAAUCAGAAAUUAAAAAAUAAUGCCAGGUAUUACAACCACAAAAAACUAACAAAUCUGAAAUAACACCCGUUAAUAUAAAUGACUAUUGCUGAAUUUACGCUUCUCAGUAACCAACUUCACAGAAGUGGGUGAACAUAGUUUUCAAGCCCCAAUUAUAAUCGGUUUCAUAAAUACCGAUUCUAUAGGACGUAAACACAAACAGAAUGCCAACAACAUAACACAAUCUUUAAGGUAUAUCCAAGGUUUAAUGGUAUUUGGCUCCUGGAUCGGGAAUGAUUACGGAUUUAAUGUUAUGAUCAGCCAGAAAUCCUUGGAUCAAGCUUACAGACCAGCCUCACGGAGACGCAAAGAAUUUCGAAGUUCAGAUACGCCACAAAAUUCCGAUGAAAGAGCAUCUUACCUCUGCCACUGGUGCACUGCCUUACGUCACUAAUUUCUUUGCCGAUUGGCAAAUCCUCAACUAUUUCUCACGCAUUACAAGACUUUAACAACAGAAGUUCUGUGUAUUUUCCAUUAAAAACCGAGUAUAAAACCUCAAAACACAUAAUUAAAAAUGAUUCUAUGUUGACAUCUUUGUUACAGAAACAGGAUAAAUCUACGUAAUUAUCAAAUUAUCACAAAUCAAAGCACAUUCAGUUAAGCACACGAUAUCAAAAAGUUCCUGCAUAUUUAAGGAGAAUUUGUAUUGUGAUAGAGAUAGCAAAUGAUGAAAACAGAUGGCACGCACAUCGUUCAGCCUGCCUAAUUUCACGCGUCACUCACUCGAUUGCACCGUCCUGUCUCCCGUCCUUCAUCACUAAGCUACGCAAAUAAUAUGGACUGCACGUACAGCACGACACAUAACCUUCAAUUACUCUCAUCACUUUUCAAUGAGAGAUAUAUGUUUUCUCUUAUGGUCCCAGAAAUAUAAAUAUAUUUUCAAUAAAAAUUUCCACUACAGUAUUACAUU